AUGGCCUUCUUCUCCCAGCCCGGCUUCUCGCCACUCUUCCAACUCCUCAAUGACUAUGAGGCUCAACCCGAAUACAAGCUCCCCGCUGCAUGCGCUCCAGUUCAAUGUCCCAAGCCACAGACUGCUCGCUCAUUUGCCCCUGCAUUUGAUGUCCGCGAACUAGACGAAGGUUACUACCUGGAUGGCGAACUCCCAGGUGUAGACCAAAGCAACAUUGAAAUCGAAUUUACCGACCCCCACACCCUGGUCAUCAAGGGCCACACCGACCGUGAAUCUACCACUCUUGCACCAACCAACCGCAGUUCCUCGCCUGCGGGCUCGGCGGGCUGGCACCAGGCCACAGUCGAGGAUGAAGACGAAGAUGCACAGUCAACCACCUCUGCCAGUACUGCUACCACUGCUUCGGAGCCGACAGAUAAGGAAGAGCCUCACUUCUGGGCGAAAGAGCGCUCCAUAGGUGACUUCCAACGCACUUUCAGCUUUACCGCUCGUGUCGACCAGGAUUCCGUUCGCGCGAGCUUGAAGAAUGGUGUUUUGUCCGUCUUCGUGCCCAAGGAAGCUGUUCCUUUGCCGAAGAAGAUUCGCAUUCAGUGA